AUGAUUCGUCGUCUGGAAUUUAGCCUUGUGCCCAGUGCUACUUUUACCGCUUCGUUUUAUGCAGCCUCAAGGCCGCACUUUGAAUACUGCUGCCUUCUUGGUUCUCAGCCUACUCCCGUUCUUACUCCACAACUUAGGCCGUUUUAUACCUGUAAUCUACUAUCAAUCGGCAUUCUGCCACCGAAUCAUUUAUCGUCCGCAUGUCCUCUUGCCUUCUUCGAUUGGCUUCGCACCACACCAAUGAGCGGUCUUGAAAGCGUAGCAAGUGUAGCAACUGUUCUCGACGUCAUCAUCACGUUAGGGAAGGUGUUACGUCGUGCCAAAAACGCGACUGGAGAAUUGAAUAGUUACAUCAACGGAUUGAAAACACUGCAUAGUAUAAGCAGCGCGGUCGAUCUGGCCACCAAAAGCAUUGAAGGUCUCGAGAACUUCACCAUAGCAGAUGGGGGCAAAGAGAAGGGACUGCUCGAGUUCUGUAAUGAACAUCUAGCCAAGGUCAUCAAGGAGGCGGAUACAACGCUCCUGAAGAAAUAUGGACAAGACGAUAUUUCAUUAUUCGAGAAGUUGAAGCGGCAGAUUCGCUUCAGCCUUGACCAGGAGCCCAUCCAAGGCCUUAUUCAAUCGGUUGAACACGCGAAGUCGACAUUGCAGACAGCCCUCUCAAUGGCAGUACUAUGUCGAGACGAGUCUAGACCUCAGAAGCUGCAAGAUAAUAUCCGAGAUAUGACCCGCCAGUCCCUUGAUGAUCAUCAAGGCGUCGGGGAUAACAUGAAAGACACACUACGCGAUCAUGCCCAGCGUAUGGAGAAGUACUUUAUCCAACAGAAAGGACAGUUUCAGCAGUCAUUCCAGCAGUACAGGAAUGAACUGGGCGAACAUGCGAAGAAUCUGCAAGAGUCUUGUGAACGCAAUUGUGCCAUAUCGAUGAAGUUGGAGAAAAGGUCGUUCCAAACCAACUCGAUAAUCAGCUCGCUCGAAGAGUCCAAAAGCCAGGGUGCGGAAGCAAUCAGCGAUGUAGGGCUCCCGACUAGCCCUGGGCGAGGUGCACUUCCAGCGGACCACGCAUCGUGGCUUUCUCGAAACGGUAUACCAGAUGAUUCACCAGAAGAAGGCAUCUCGAUUCCAAUAAAUACAUCAGCCAGUCAAGAUACAAGCGACGCCUUGUGUGGACUUUGUUCAGCCAGAUUGGAAACGAAGAACUCCGGAGAUGACGUGGAUAUCGCUGCGUCCGAAAACGAUCAGGAUCCAGACUCCUUCGAAAAAGCGUUCGCGAACCUCAUCUCCGAAUCUUACUUCAAUUUGUCGGACGACACAGACACGGAUUCACUCGAUUUCUGGGAAGCAAACUCGAGUGAGGAAGACUCAGAAUCCGACAGCUCCUCUCCGUCGGUAUCGCGAUUGGGUAUUCUGGAGCUACCGGAAAGGAGGAGUUCGAUAACUCUGGGAUCUUCCCCCGACAUGUCAGGCUCUAUUGCAGGGAAGGAAUCGAAGGAUUGA